CUGUCUCAAUUGCUCCAUUUGAUAAUGUUGCUGUUGUUCUUGCAACUGUUUCAAUUGCUCCAUUUGAUUCUGUUUCUGUUGUUCUUGCAACUGUUUCAAUUGCUCCAUUUGAUUCUGUUUCUGUUGUUCUUGCAACUGUCUCAAUUGCUCCAUAUGAUACUGUUGCUGUUGAACUGCUGGCUGUUGCACUGUUGGCUGAGGCAUAAAUAUUACAGCUGGUUUAGGUUGAGGAUGUUCCCAUUGGUAUAUUCCGGUUUUUGUAUCAUGAUAAUAAACUCGGCCAUAGUAGUCAACGUAUGAAUUCCAUCCAGGGGGCAAAGGAGUACUCAUUUUACGGUUCACUGAAAAGAAAUA